AUGGAGGAUGGCGAGGGCUACACACUCAAUCAAACUGUCACCGAUGACCCGGACAAUCACAGAGCUGGAACUCCUGAGAACCGACGACAUCAGAUGGGAGGUCAUUCUGCAGGACGCCAUGCUGUCUCAACCCCCAAUGCCACCUCAAAUCCAAGAUCAUUUAAUCGCGCUGAGGGAAUCCAGAUCCCUGGAUCGGCCAGCCCAUCCAAUUCCAUCCCUGAAAUCAAAGAAGAGAAUGAUCGCGAAUGUGCCGAGACAACUACAAGUGAGCAGACCUACGUUGGCAACAGCCACGCCGGUCCCUCAGCAGGAAAGGAUGCACUUCGUAGCUGCAACACCGGCGAUGCGACAGAGAAGCAUAGCAUCAAGAAGUUAUUUUCCAAAAGCUUUUCCCGCGAUACAUCUCGUGACGAUGACAACAACGGGAAAGAAAAGAAGAAGUUCACCGCUCGGGGCCAGAUUCGUGCAACCUUAUUCAAUUCCUGGAUCAAUGUCCUUUUGAUCGCCUCACCAGUCGGCAUCGCAGUCCAUUACGCAGGCGUCAACGAUGUCGCUGUCUUCGUCAUUAACUUCAUUGCCAUCAUUCCGCUUGCAGCCAUGUUGAGUUACGCCACCGAGGAAAUUGCCCUUCGAACUGGCGAGGUAAUUGGAGGUUUACUGAAUGCAUCCUUUGGAAAUGCCGUCGAAUUGAUCGUGUCCAUUAUUGCUUUGGCCAAAGAUCAAGUAUUGAUCGUACAGACAUCGCUCAUCGGCAGCAUGCUCUCCAAUUUACUGCUGGUUCUCGGCAUGUGUUUCUUUUUUGGAGGUGUCAAUCGCAUGGAGCAAGCCUUCAACAUGACUGUAGCACAGACGGCCUCCAGUUUGCUAUUCGUCGCAGUCGGCAGUCUGCUUAUUCCGACCGUGUUCGAAGAGUGGGCCAGGACCCAGGACCAGGUAAAUGGUGAAGAUCCUACGCCAGACAAUCCAGGUGCAAAAGUGACAGCUAUCAGCCGCGGCACAGCAAUCCUCCUACUAGUUGUUUAUGGCUGUUAUUUAUUUUUCCAACUCAAGAGCCAUACAGCAAUGUACAACGCCCCGAGUGAGAAGAACAAGAAGCGAGCUGUUGGUUCCAAAUUCAAGUCUGCUGUGAUCCCAGAGAAAUUCCGAAAUCAAAGUGUCGUCGAACGGAAUGCUGCGGCGGCGGCCGAAGCAGAAGCCGACGACGCUGAAGAUGAACCUGAAGAGCCACAGCUAUCGAUUUGGGUCGCAGUGCUUACCUUGGCCCUUUCCACUGUGCUGGUUGCUCUCAAUGCCGAAUACCUGGUCGACUCCAUCAAUGCCAUCACGUGUGGCGGCGGCAUCUCCAAGAGCUUCGUCGGCUUGAUUCUUCUGCCUAUUGUCGGCAAUGCUGCCGAACAUGCCACUGCUGUCACCGUCGCAAUCAAGGACAAGAUGGAUCUAGCAAUUGGUGUCGCCGUCGGCUCAAGCAUGCAGAUCGCCCUUCUGGUCUUACCCUUCAUUGUGGUACUUGGCUGGAUCAUGGGCAAAGAUGACAUGACUUUGUUUUUUGACGGCUUCCAAAUUGCCGUCUUAUUUGUCGCCGUUCUCCUCGUCAAUUACUUGAUCCAGGAUGGAAAGUCACACUGGCUCGAAGGCGUACUGCUGAUGAUUCUCUACAUUAUUAUCGCAGUAGCGGCUUGGUUUUAUCCAACGGCUCCAGGUGCUAGUGACUGUCCUGCCGAGUAA